UCUUCUUCCUGCUCUCAAACACAGCCAGCUCCUCUCUGCUCAGGUGUUUCCUUGUUCCCUCCCCCUCAGAUCUACAGUUUGAAGAUGGGUGGAACCAACAUGUGCUGACGUGUCAGCUGACAGGCCGCAUGUUGUUGAGAUCAAAGUUCAAACUAGUUUCAGCUAUGAGGAAGUCAAACUCAGACAGUCGUCGACGCGGAGAGGAGAAAUGGCGCAGCAAGGAAAUAAACUGGACUGGGAAACCUUCUCUUGUCCGAUCUGUCUGGAUCUACUGAAGGAUCCGGUGACUAUUCCCUGUGGACACAGCUACUGCAUGAACUGUAUCAAAAUCCACUGGGAUGGAGAGGAUGAGAAGAGAAUCCACAGCUGCUCUCAGUGUAGGCAGACCUUCACACCGAGGCCUGUCCUCGAAAAAAACACCAUGUUAGCAGCUUUAGUGGAGGAACUGAAGAAGACUGGACUCCAAGCUGCUCCUGCUGAUCACUGCUAUGCUGGACCUGAAGAUGUGGCCUGUGAUGUCUGCACUGGGAGAAAACUGAAAGCUCUGAAGUCCUGUCUGCCUGUCUGAUUUCCUAUUGUGAGAAAACACCUCCAGCUUCAUUUGAACCCCGCCUUUGAGAAACAGCUGGUGGAGCCCUCCAAGAAGCUCCAGGAGAACAUCUGCUCUCGUCAUGAUGAGGUGAUGAAGAUAUUUUGUCGCACUGAUCAGCAGUGUAUCUGUUAUCUCUGCUCUAUGGAUGAACAUAAAGGCCACGACACAGUCUCAGCUGCAGCAGAAAGGACUGAGAGGCAGAGAGAGCUCGAGGUGAGUCGACUAACCAGCAGAGAAUCCAGCAGAGAGAAAGAUGUGAAGGAGCUCCAACAGGAGGUGGAGGCUAUCAAUGGCUCUGCUGAAAGAGUGGAGGACAGUGAGAAGAUCUUCACUGAGCUGAUCCGUCUCAUGGAGAAAAGAAGGUCUGAUGUGAAGCAGCAGGUCAGAUCCCAGCAGGAAACUGAAGUGAGUCGAGUCAAAGAUCUUCAGGAGAAGCUGGAGCAGGAGAUCACUGAGCUGAAGAGGAAAGACGCUGAGCUGGAGAAGCUCUCACACACAGAGGACCACAACCAGUUUCUA